AUGAUUCCGGCCAAGAUGUAUGCCGCACGAGCCGCUUCCUUGCGGUCACAGACACCGUCUCUCAGAGCAUCAUCUCAGCGGUUGUCUCGCGCCGGAUCAUGUUUGACUGUCUCAGCUCAACCAUUUACGCACUCCGCUAAGAGCCACCGAGUUAUUCUUCAAUCUACUUCCCACCCCGUUUCUCAACUUGUCUCACCGUUCGCCGCUCUCCCGUUGAAGCGCUCUUUCUACGCCGCAUCUUCCCUUUGUCAACAGCAGCAGCAGAAACAGCAAAACCAGCAUGAAGGAAAGCAGGACGAGGACGAGGAGUCUAAGAAGGAGAAAAAAGAGAAGGAGGAAGAGAAAGCUCCCCCACCACCCCACGGAGACAAGUCUCCUUGGCAGGUAUUCCGGGAGACUCUGCAGACCGAGUUCAAGGCCUCCAAGGAAUGGGAGGAAUCAACCAAAGCGCUGGCAUCCUCAGCUCACCAGUUCACUGAGAAUGAGAGUGUCAGACGUGCGCGCGCUGCUUACGAGGCUGCGUCAAACGCCACGACUUCCAAAACCUCCACGGCCUUCAAGGCCACCGGUGAAGUCAUCGGAAAGGGAGCUGCUUGGACAUGGAACACCAGCGUUGUGAAGGGCGUCCGAAAGGGUGUAAAUGCAACCGGAGAGAGCCUUGAGAAGGCCACGAGACCCGUUCGGGAAACCGAAGCAUACAAGAGUGUGAAGGAUGCCAUUGAUGAUGGCAGCAGCUCACGCUACGGUGGUUGGGUCGAGAAGGAGGAACGUCGCAAGCAGCGGCAGCGUCGAGAGGAGCAGGAGCUUAAGGCCGGAAAGUCCCUUCGCGUUGAGGAGCGAGUUGAAGAUCCUAACGCCGGUACCAACAUCACUCUCCACAAAGAUUCCGCUUGGAAAGACUCCUGGAAAGACUUCAAGGACUCCAACCCCGUGAUGCAGAAGCUCUUCGCCAUCAAGGAGAACUACAACGAGUCCGAGAACCCCCUGAUCAGCACAGCACGCAGCAUCUCCGAUCGCGUCGCUGGCUUCUUCGCCGAGAACGAGACCGCCAUGGUCAUCAAGAAGUUCCGGGAGAUCGACCCCAAUUUCCAAAUGGAACCUUUCCUGCGCGAAAUGCGUGAUUACAUGUUGCCAGAAGUCUUAGACGCUUAUGUCAAGGGAGAUAUUGAGACACUCAAGCUCUGGCUUUCCGACGCUCAGUUCCACGUCUACGCUGCUCUCGCUAAGCAAUACACCACAGCCGGACUUAAGUCGGAUGGUCGCAUUUUGGAUAUUCGUGGUGUAGAUAUUUCUCACGCCCGUAUCUUGGACCCCGGUGACAUCCCGGUGUUUGUUGUCACUUGUCGGACACAGGAGAUUCACGUCUACCGUAAGAUCAAGACCGGUGAGCUAGCCGCUGGUACGGAUGACAAAGUGCAGCUGGUCACCUACGCUAUCGGAUUGACUCGUAUUCCCGAUGAAGUCAACAACCCAGAAACUCGCGGCUGGAGAUUGAUUGAGCUGCAGAAGGCCGCCCGUGACUACAUCUAA